UACAAUGCGAUGAGGGUGGAACCAGGGGGGCGACCAAAUGGCAACGGCAGGAUGCAUGGCCUGGGCUCGUGUGACGAGUGACCUCCACCCGCUGAGGGCGGCGGGGUACCUCAUUCUCUCCGUCGAGGCCCUAACAGUCACCUUCUGGUGGCCGCGUCUAUACCCCCCGGCGGGCCGGAAACGGAGUGAAAGCAGCGCACGACACCGUCGGCAGCACCGUCGUAGUCGGCACCUUAGCCGCAGCGGCAGCGCCGAUUUAUUCGGCGGUGCUACUCCGUCCCCCACCAUCAACGGGCAGAGGUCCAAUACUAACGGCGGCAAGGCGUCGUCGCGCUGGAGCGGAGACAGUAGCGGAUGGUGGGAGAGCGAAGGUGGGCUAGAGGGCUUGAGCGAGGCAGGCAGGAGCAGUGCGCCUUCUUCUCUUGUGUCCAUCGGCGGCAGAAGAAGAAGAGCAGCACGCUUACAGUCGGGUCAAUCCGGUGGCGGUGGCUUUUUAGGGGAGGAGCCCUUGGAAACGUUUCCUGAGAAGCGGUCCGCCGUUGACGGGGAUAUGCGAGUCCCGCUCCCGCCAAAAUCACGGAUGCGAUACGCCCGACCGGUCCUUAUAGUGCUGCUGACGCUCUCGGCGAGCUACCUCACCACGUGGCUGCUCCUUUCGAUCAGCUCGGCAAGGGUUUCCACAGCGGUCGAUGAAGACGCUAUGUCAAGUACUCGCGAUAUCGUGGCAAUGAAGAAGGGGGCUGAGAUGGAGAGACGCACGCGGGAGGAGAGGGAAGAGGGUGCCCGUAGAAUGGAGCUGGAAGAGAAAGCGCUGCGGGAAGCGGUGGCGGCGAAGGAGGCACGGCAGAAGCAGCGCGAAGCGGAGAGACGGAAAGACCUGGAACGAAAGGCUCUCGCGGACGCCGAAGAAAAGAGGCUCGAAGAGGCGCGUGCUUUGAGGGAGAAGCAGCAGCGGGAACAGAGAGCGCGCGAAGAGCAGAGGGCCAGAGACGAGAAGAGGGCGAAGGAUGAACAAGCAGCGAGACUGCGCGAGCAAAAGGCGAGAGAGGAACGAAAAUCACGGGACGCGGCAGCGGCGAAGGCGAAGGCGAAACUGGAGGCGGAGCAAAGGAGAAAGCGCGCUAAGAUGGCUGCUACCCUCGAACAGACGCGGUCUAUCGGGUUGGAAGAUGCGCUUUCGAACGGUUCAACGGAAUUGAGAGUGAUGCCGAACGGCGACUUGGUCCUAGCUGACAACGGACGUCCGGUUUGGACGGCCCGAGGAUCAAAGAAGCGCCGCAGCCUGGUCGGGUGGAUCUGGAGGAAGAUCCGACGACAGCAGGCGGAGCUACGCGAGGAGGGAAAGCUCCUUUGGUCCGGCGGCCAACGACAAAAGAAGGCCCGACAAAAGAAAAGGCGAACAACGCAGCAGCGGAAGAGAGUACCGAGCGCCAAUGAUCGUGAAGGCGCCGACGGUAGCGAUAUGUUUAGGCUGAUUGUCACCGAUGACGGAAACGCCAUCUUGGAGCGGGAGGGUUCCGAGGUGGUGUGGAAGGCCUUGGAUCGAUAAUAGAGAGUGUGCAUGGCGCUGUUAUUUAUUUCACUCCGAAACCAUAAGUCUGUUGUGGGAUCUUCGGAGGGGAAUUGUCGCUGUACUGCCGGUGUCGGGCCCUGGUGUCCAUACGAAGAUCGGUCUACGACAAGCGAAGCGUUCACAACAGUGACGCAUAGUGCCGAUGGUAAUGGUAGGUUAGGCUUGGUAAGGCGUGAUGAAGUGAUCUUGGAGCGAGGAUCGAUAAUUGUCGGGAACACGGUGUUUCGAACUUGUACUAUUUUGGGUAGACGAUUUGUGCUGUGCAGGAAAAACAUGAUAACCAGUUGCUCGCUCAAUCUGUGCUGUGGUUUGUUAGUUCUUCGCCGUUUUUUUUUGUUGUGAUCAGCGUGAGCGUGACGUUUGUAACCGUGU